GUUCAAUGGCAUACCUCUGCCUUCCCACUACUUACAGGCAGAGUGUGUAUCAGAGGGAGAAAGAGAGAGCAUGUGGCACUGGAGAGCCUUUUGAGCUUUUUCCCCCCUCACGGAGAAAUCAAGCAACACGAAGAGAAACAGAGACUUGCAAACUUAAAGGAAACUUCAGUUGGACUUUUCCCAGCUCUGCUAGACUUGAGUGGCGGAAUGGAUUUUCCUCUGAUACUUUGAAUGUCACGGCACAACUGUGGGCUUUUGGCACAGAAGGGAUCUUUUAAGUUGUGUUGACUGAGCGUGUGUGUGAGUGAGGCGCGUGCGUGUGUGACAGGAGCAAUGUCAGGUGUAACACGGAAAGGUUCUGGGAGACCAGGAUAUUAUUAUAGGCUCCUGGGUCGAACGAGGCUACAGAGACAACGCAGCCGCUCCAGGAGCAGAAGCAGAGUCACAAACAAUAAGGACUCUCCACCUGAGAGAACAGGGCGGAGACGUAGCAUACCGGGCUCCGCCCCUGACAAAGUCCCACCUACAAUGGAGCCCACAGCCGCCGCUGCUGCAACACCCUUCAGAGUCACUGGUUUUUUGAGUCGGAGGUUAAAAGGCUCAAUCAAGCGGACUAAGAGUCAGCCUAAACUGGAUAGGAACAGCAGUUUCAGACACAUCCUGCCAGGCUUCAGACCAGUGGACAACGAGAGGUCUCAUCUGAUGCCCAGGCUGAAGGAGUCACGCUCUCACGAGUCUUUGCUCAGUCCCACCAGUGCAGUCGAAGCUCUGGACCUCAGCAUGGAGGAAGAGGUCCUCAUUAAACCAGUGCACAGCUCCAUCCUUGGCCAGGAUUACUGCUUUGAGGUGAGCACCUCCACAGGUAGUAAGUGCUUUUCUUGCCGUUCAGCCGCAGAGAGAGACAAAUGGAUGGAGAACCUGCGACGAGCCAUCCACCCUAAUAAGGACAACAGUCGGCGGGUCGAAAAUAUGCUCCGUCUGUGGAUCAUCGAAGCAAAGGACCUUCCGGCCAAGAAAAAGUACUUCUGCGAGCUGUGCCUGGACGACAGCCUAUAUGCCCGCACAACCUGCAAGAUGAAGACGGAUAACGUGUUCUGGGGUGAACACUUCGAGUUCAAUAACCUCCCUGCGGUCCAGAGCAUCACCGUCCAUGUCUACAGGGACUCGGACAAGAAGAAGAAAAAAGACAAAAACAACUACGUGGGGCUGGUGAGCAUCCCGGUGGUGACCGUCACGAGCAGGCAGCUGGUGGAGAAGUGGUACCCUGUUAGUCAGCCCAAUCCUGGGAAAGGGAAAGCGGCUGGUCCCAUGGUCCGCAUCAAGGCCCGGUACCAGAGCAUGAACAUCCUGCCUAUGGAGCUGUACAAGGAGUUUGCAGAGUACACCACAAACAACUACAUGCUGCUCUGCUCGGUGCUGGAGCCGGUCAUCAGCGUCAAGAAUAAAGAGGAGAUGGCCUGUGCUCUGGUGCACAUCCUGCAGAGCACCGGCAAAGCCAAGGACUUCCUGACAGAUCUGAUGAUGUCAGAGGUGGAUCGAUGCGGAGAGAACGAGCACCUGAUAUUCAGAGAAAACACACUGGGCACUAAAGCCAUCGAGGAGUAUCUCAAACUGGUCGGACAGAAAUAUCUGCAGGACGCGCUGGGUGAGUUUAUAAAGGCUCUGUAUGAGUCUGAUGAGAACUGUGAAGUGGACCCGUCCAAAUGUUCAUCUAGUGAUCUGCCCGAGCAUCAGAGCAACCUCAGGAUGUGCUGCGAACUGGCCUUCUGCAAGAUCAUUGAGUCUUACCGUGUGUUUCCUCGGGAACUCAAGGAGGUGUUUGCGUCGUGGAGGCAGGAAUGUGGUAAUCGAGGGCGUCCAGAUAUCAGCGAGCGUCUUAUCAGCGCCUCCCUGUUUCUGCGUUUUCUGUGUCCGGCCAUCAUGUCUCCGUCUCUCUUCAACCUGACGCAGGAAUAUCCAGACGACCGCACUGCACGCACACUCACUCUUAUCGCAAAGGUCACGCAGAACCUGGCAAAUUUCACCAAGUUUGGUAAUAAGGAGGAGUACAUGUCCUUCAUGAAUCAGUUUUUGGAGCAGGAGUGGACCAACAUGCAGCGCUUUCUGCUGGAGAUCUCCAACCCCGAGACCAUCUCUAAUACUGCAGGCUUCGAGGGCUACAUUGACCUGGGUCGCGAGCUCUCCACAUUACACUCACUGCUAGCUGAAGUGCUGUCCCAAAUGGACCAGAGUGCUGCCUCCAAGCUUGGCCCAUUACCGAGAAUAUUGAGGGACGUCCAUGGAGCGUUAACAAACCCGACGAAUGUACAGAUGAGCGUUCCUUCUGACCGAGUGCCCUCGCCACCAGUCCCUGGAUGCAGCAUCUCCACUGGAAUACAAAAGAUGGCCAUUGACAGCGACCUGCCAGGCCCAGUGGACUUUACUCGCCUUCCUUCCCCCACCCCUGAAAACAAAGACCUCUUCUUCGUUACACGCUCUUCUGGCCUCCAGGGCUCCCCUACCCGCAGCUCCAGCUACUCUGAGGCCAAUGAACCCGAGCUGGGUCUGGCCAACGGUGGCAAGAGUCUGUCCAUGGUAGACCUCCAGGAAGCAGCCAGAGCGUUAGAACCCAUUUCCAUUCCGGCAGGGAUAACUUCAGAAGGUAUGGGUGAGGGUGCCAUGGUCCCCUGGAAUGCACGGACUCCUCAAGGCAACAUUGCUGGAGGCCCGACUCUUCACAGGCCAGUACAGAGUCCCACUACCCCAGGAGCAGAAGGGGCCCCAGGCAGGCCCACGCAGCUCUUGGCCCCACUAUCUUUCCAGAAUCCAGUGUACCAGAUGGCAGCAGGGUUGCCAGUCUCCGCUAGGGGUAAUGCGAGUGGGGAUUCUGGGUCGGAGUGUCACAGUUCCGUCAGUUCCCAUAGCAACAAUGAAGAGUGUCUUGGAGGAACCAAGACCACCUUCCUUACCCAGGGUGCUUCAGUGGGCGAAGAGUUUGCAAGGCGUUCGGGAGAUUUUUCGAGACGCCAGCUAUCGUUAACCGACCCGCAGCAUGGAAACCAGCCAACAGUACCACGACAGAGCAGUGCUGGCCCCCAGCGGCGGAUUGACCAGCCUCCACCACCUACACAGACUGCACCCAGAGGACGAACUCCACCCAACCUUUUAAACUCCGGCCCCUACCCACGACCUCUCAACAACACUAUGAUGUCAUCAUCACCAGACUGGCCUGGAAGUGGUGCACGGCUUCGGCAGCAGAGCUCCUCUUCCAAAGGGGACAGUCCAGAAACAAAGCAUCGUGCACCACAUAAACAAGCCCCGUCCCCAGUGAACCCCAGUGCACUGGACCGUACGGCUGCCUGGUUGAUGAAUGUGCCAUAUAUAGAGCAGGAGCCUGAGACAGAGCUUUGCAGAGAUGAGCACACACAAGCUGAAAAGGCGGAAAUCAGCAUGUUGCAGGAUCGUCUGCGUAUGUCGGUGCAGAGGCUGGAGGAGUACGAGGCCCGGCUGAAGGGACAGGAGGAACAGGCCCAGAAGAUGCUGCUGGAGUAUCAGGCCCGACUGGACGAGUCAGAGGAGAGACUGAGACGACAACAAGAAGACAAAGAUCUGCAGAUGAAGGGCAUCAUAAGCAGGUUGAUGUCGGUGGAGGAAGAGCUGAAGAAGGAUCAUGCUGAUAUGCAGGCAGUUGUUGACUCCAAACAGAAGAUCAUUGAUGCACAGGAGAAACGGAUAGCCUCUCUAGACGCAGCUAACGCUAGGCUAAUGAGUGCUCUGUCCCAACUGAAGGAGCGCUACAGCAUGCAGACACGUAACGGCAUCUCUCCCACAAACCCCACCAAACUGCAGAUAACAGAGAACGGAGAGUUCCGCAACAGCUCCAACUGCUGAGUACAGACACACAGAACCAAAAGAGAGAGAGAGAGGACAUGAUAUUCUGUAGGUGAACCCUGAGAGAAAACCGCAGGUGAGGACACUGAACACUCAGCAGAACGGCUGUCCAGAAACAUCCGCUGGUGACACUACUGUUCAAGUACUUCAUGUUAGGACACACCACUAGACACUCAUUCGUGAUUCACAACGGCUGACUGUAUAAUACAAGAACACAAAAAAAUACAGCUGACAUGGUGACAUUAUACAAACACUAGACCUUCUAGUCUGCAAAAAAAAAGUAAUUGAACUUGCUUUAAAAUAGGUGUUUUCCAUACAAUCUGAGAAAAAGAAACUCAAUUCUGAACCGUUUAUUUAUAGCGCUCUUUACUUUAACAUGAAACGAUUGAAACAACAGAACGAGCGACUCUGUGUGGAGAAUUUAGAGCUCUCCUUCAUAUCCUCACUUCUGUUUCUCCCUACAUAGUGCACUUUGUCUCUCCAUCAUGAGAAGCCUUAAAAUGUUGCAUCUGAAAUGUCCCCCAGUCCUUAUCUUUUUGUUUUUACAGUUCAGAUGAACAUCUGUGAUAGAUUAUGAUGUCUAUUU